AUUUUUUCAAUAGAGUUGCAAAAGCAAAAAUUUUAAUGGGUGAAAAAUUAAUAAAAUAGUCAUUACCACACUCAUUAGAAGAUAACAAAAGAUAAUUUAAACUACAAUACUAGAGAGGAAAUCACAUUUAAAGUAUCUGCUAGUCUAACACAUUCAUAUACACAUCAUCAUCAUCAUGAACACUAUAACAGAGACUAUAGAGAUGGUUGAUGAGGGUGGUAUAAGUGACACAUCGUCGGACUUUGAUAGUCGUCCGAGUAGUCCGGAUGGAGAGGGUGAAGGAAAUUUACUUACUGAGGCUAUGGAAAAUGAAGUUACAGCACAGCUAGUGAAUGCUGGUGUUGUUGGCAUUGCUGCUGCUGCAGCUAUCACAUCGUCAAAGAAGCGAAAACGUCCGCAUUCGUUUGAAACAAAUCCUUCCAUUCGUAAGCGUCAACAGAAUCGAUUAUUAAGGAAACUAAGGCAAACAAUAUUCGAAUAUGCAACUCGAGUUGGGCAACAGGCUGUUGUAUUAGUCGCAACGCCUGGCAAACCAAACAAUAUAUACAAAGUAUUUGGCGCAAAGCCGCUUGAAGAUGUAAUUAAAAACUUACGCACAAUGGUUAUGGAUGAACUUGAUUCAGCGUUAGCUCAACAGGCACCACCAAAAGUGCUAGAAGAUCCAUCGCUAUUUGAAUUACCGCCAUUAAUAAUUGAUGGAAUUCCGACACCAGUUGAAAAGAUGACACAAGCGCAAUUGAGGGCGUUUAUACCGUUAAUGUUGAAAUAUUCAACAGGUCGGGGCAAACCAGGAUGGGGACGAGAUUCAACUCGACCUGAAUGGUGGCCAAAAGAGCUUCCAUGGGCUAACGUACGAAUGGAUGCAAGAACAGAGGAAGAGAAACAGAAAAUCAGUUGGACACAUGCAUUACGAAAGAUCGUGAUAAACUGCUACAAAUAUCAUGGACGAGAAGAUUUGCUACCAGCAUUUUCGGAAGAGGAUGAAAAGGCAAAUGCAAUAGCAACAGCCAAUGCAAAUGUUGGUGUCUUAAAGAUUCAUAAUCACCAAACAUCAAAUACAAAUCACACGGGAACAACAACAAUCGUCACCACAACAUCAAAUUCGACACAUGCUGCCGCGAGCAGUAAUACGAAUCAUACAGUAUUACCGAAAAUCGAAGUUCCCGCACCGCAAACAAUUCAAAUUCAAUCAAGUCAAUCAACGGCAAACACAACUCAGGUUUGCCACAUAGACACGAUGCCGCUCUCCGAUGUCGAUUACCAGACUGUCUUACAAACAAAUGCUGACGGAACAUUCUCAUUAAUUCAAGUCGAUCCGAGUACAUUAUCAAAUAAUCCAUCAAUCAUCACAUUACCAGAUGGAACGACUGCUCAAGUUCAAGGAGUAGCUACUCUAAGAGAAUUUUCUUAUCUUCCAAAUUCUACCUCAAUUCAGUUACAUACCCAAAGUGAUGGUACUGUACAUACAGUACAGACUAUAGAUGGUCAAACAGAGAAUAUGCAAGUAGACUUAUCAGAAGCUAUGCAAGAUGGACAAUUUAUAAUAACGAAUGAGGAUGGAAAUGUAUUCCCAGUAGCCGUUAGUGGAAUGAUAACCUUACCCGUAACAGCACAAAUGUAUCAUUCACUUGUACAACAACAAAUGCCUAAUAACGACAAUACAGUUUGUGUGACUCCAAUGCAGGUACAAAAUCUUAUAGCCAAUAAUAGUUUGUGUUGUAGUAAUAGCAUAUCCAAUGUCAAUCCAACGACAUAUCUUAUGUCGACAAACAAUAGUAGUAGGAAUUAUGUCAAUUUACCAAUUCAAUCGACAAAUUGUCAAAUAAAGACCGUCCAGCCAUCAACAAAGUCACGGACGGUCAAAAAGUCGACGAUGAAAAAGAAAAUUUUAAAUACGACUGCACAGAAAUUAAAGCCAAAAACCUUAGUGAUUAGUAAGAAUGUUGUGAACAAUGAUAAUAAUAAUUGCAAGGAUAUUAAAGAUAAAAAUGAUGAAAAGUCAAUACAAAAUGGAAAUUUUAAAAAUUCUCAUAAAAAGUAUGAAAGUAAAAGUGUUAGGAUGAAAAAGCAAUUAGAUGAGUCAAAAUUAUCAAAGAAACAAAAUGCUUUCGAUGCAAAGCAAGAGUAGUGAUUAGAAUUUAGGAUAGGAGAUAUCAUUUUGGGGGUGCAUUUUGUAAAAUUGGAUUUCAAGGGGGUUGGGGAUGUAUUCGGAUGUGUUUAAAUGUUUAAAAAACAAUUUGAAUUUACAAAAUUGAUUUAAAAUUCAAUGAAUUCUUCUGGUAGAAUUUUGCAGGUCAAAAUGGCGUUACCAGUUAUUUUUGAGGGUUUGAGGAGAUCAAACCAUUGAUUCUGAACCCUUUUUUCUUAACCAACCUUCUGACAAUCCAUCAAAAAUCAUCCCUUUACCCAAAAAACUUUGCAAUAUUUUAAAUUCACAUUAUUCUUUUAUUUUAUCAACUCAAAUUGGAAAUAUUUUCCAAUUAUUCAAAAGAUCUCUCUAUGCCCAUAAUUAAUUUAAGUUAUGAUUUUUUAAUGUAUGACCAAUUCAGCAUACAAAUUAUGUAUUAGUAUGUCAAUCAUAAAUUGUGC